AUGGCAGAAGGUCAUCAUCCUCCUCUCAAUUACGAAGCAUCCGCUACCACCACGCAUCCUUUGGUAUCAUCCUCCCUCCCGCCAGAAGUCUCCCAAUGCCUCAAGAAUUCUCGCUUCCUCCACCUGGCAACGAUAUCUGCCACCCAGACCUCGCCGCCAACACCGCAUGUUUCGUUGAUGAACUAUACAUUCCUCCCCUCUUAUAAUGAACACGGACCGGUUAUCAUUAUGACCACCAAUGCUCAAUCCAUGAAAACACAAAACCUGAUGCAUAAUCCAAAGGUUUCACUCUUGGUGCAUGACUGGGUUUCACAUCGACCACCAACGGCAUCUUCGGUAAUGGGUGCACGAUCCGGAAGUCCACCCGCGGCUGCUACCAGGUCAAGUUUGGCCAGUCUCCUUUUGAACCUGAACACAUCUGCCCUGAGUUCGAUAUCUACUACCAUCGCCGGUGAAGCCAGGUUCCUGGAACAAGGUAGUGAGGAGGAGAAAUGGUGUAAAGAGGCCCAUUUGGCCAACAACACGUUCGGGGACCAGGCGAGAGAAGAAGCAGGGCUGUUUGGAGAGCAACCGCUAAAUCCUGAGGGAAACAGCAGUUGUUACAUUGAAGGUGAUGAUGUGAGAGUUGUCCUUGUGCCUGUGCGAGAAGGAAGGAUAGCGGAUUGGAAGGGAGGGGUUAAAGACUGGGUCGUGGUCAAUGACCCUUCAGCAGCCAGCACGGGAGAUGCCGCCACAAAUGAGAGAGGUCGAAGUAAUGGUCAACCCCUCGUUAAUGGGAUUAUUGAUUGA